AUGAGCUCUAUAAGCGCCCAGCAACCUAUAACUCCCAUCCUCGGGAUCCCAGACGAUAUAUUCCGCUCUAUGAUGGAGAUCAUAGCACAGCUCGACAGACCAUAUCCCCCCACCUCUAAAGACGCUUUGGUACGGGCAAACAAAGACUCGGAAGCGUACCCUCCGUGGGCUUUAGCCGUGCAUGGCGGUUCACUGGGAUGGAUCAGAAUGACCCACGUAUGUCGCGACUGGCGCAAUAGAAUAUGCGAGACCAUGCCUUUGUUAUGGGCUCAGGACAUCGGCUGCCUGCCUGAUGGAUGCAAGGAGAUGCUCCGACGAGCAGGUGAUAGCGCGAUGUUGGAUGUCCGGCUUGGCUACAACAAGUCGAUCACCUCCUUCCGUAUACCCCUGGAGCGCGUACUGGUCAAUAGCCUUUUUCACUCAAGUGGUCGUAUACGCACGCUGCGCUACAUCGACGUCAGGCGUGCUGCCAGCGUCACCCCCAUAUCUUUGAGCUUAAGAAGCCGACAACUAUCAAGCUUAGAGGCCGUCGAUGUCCACUUCCUCGAUAUAGACUCCGUCAAUAUGAACCGCGGCCGCACUAGCAUCGUCUUACCGGAAGGCUGUAUCAUACAAUCAGAUAGACUGCGCGCAGCACGAUUCACGAACUACUUUAUCCCAUGGACGUCGCGGUCACUCACCGUUCUCUGCAUCGCAUUCUGUGUUGCUGAUGGCGGCCUCUCGCCCGCCACUCUACAUGAUACUCUAUCUCAGGUAGAGGAUACUAUCGAGGAGUUGGAACUGGAUAUGGCUAUAUCAAUCGAACUUGUGGACAGUGGCCCGAUUGAGCAUACCUUCCCAAGAUUGCGGUGUCUGCACAUCCGUGAGCUCAGCGGGAUUCUGGUUGCUUUCUUUCCGCACAUCCAUUACCCUGACACGGCGAAGGUCAACCUCACGAUCGAUGGUGGCCGUAGCUCUACCUGGGAUGACCAAGUGAGAUCGCUGGCUCUUGAUGUACUUGGCCGAUUGCAGUGGGGGCCCAUCCGCACCCAGACUAUAACUAUCGUGGAUGCGUCGCAACAUCCUCUCGACGCACAGAACGGUUUACAAGUCAGGGUCUCUAGGCACGAUGGAUCGACUUCGCCCGUGCGGCCCCUCGAUGACUAUUGCCUUGGCAUAACUGUUGAGCAUCGCAUCGUGAGACCUGCCCGACGUGACCGCGUUCUGACACUCCUCCUUCACACAUUGGGUGGAUCCACUGGAUCACCAUGGGAGAAUGUGACAGACCUAGAUCUUGAUAUGUCGCUUAGAGACUGGCAUAUAGGCGAGAUCGACGUCGUCGUUCACUACAUCCGGUCUCUAUCCCAACUUCGCCGGUUGCGGCUGGUGGACCCCGUGGGCGGCUCGUCCACGGAUGGACGGUCUCAUCUUCUGCCUGCGAGGCUGUUGAUCCCAUUAUCGCACAAACCCUUGAAUCGUCUACACAUCCUUCAACACUGCGAUCAGACUUUCGCACAUUCGUUCUUCGCUUUAUGUCAUGCUUUGACAUCAAUAUUAGCGAAUGGAGUUGGCGCUGGGCCCAAACUGUCUCCUGCUUUUGACCAUUUGCUUCUAGAGAUCAUCGAAGGAACGCCAGAGAUGGUACCGCAUGGCGUUGAAAGACAUGUUAGGCCCAUGUUUGCAAAGUACAGCAACUCUUUCGAGUUAAAUAUCAAGCGAACGUCCCCAUCAUAA